CCUCAGGACCUGCCUGUCACCAUGGCCACAGGGAGAGUCCUGUUGGCUUCACUGCUGCUCCUGUCGCUGCAGCUGGGCCUCGGCUGGGGCCCUGAUGCCCGAGGUGCUCCGUUGGUGGAGGGAGAGUUCUUGCCUGAGCACAUAGCAGAGGGCAGGGGGAACUGGAGGCCACCACUGGGCACCCGCCACCCUCGUGCCCGCCUGCGCAGAGCCCCUGGCAGCCCAUGCCAGCUGUGGAGCCUGACCCUGCCCGUGGCAGAGCUGGGCCUGGGCUACGCUUCAGAUGAGAAAGUCACUUUCCGCUACUGCGCCGGCAGCUGCCCCCGAGGUGCCCGCACCCAGCACGGCCUGACACUGGCCCGGUUGCGGGGCCAGGGCCAAGCCCACGGUGGACCCUGCUGCCGGCCCACCCGCUACGCCGACGUGGCCUUCCUGGAUGACCGUCACCGCUGGCAGCGGCUGCCCCAGCUCUCGGCUGCUGCCUGUGGCUGUGGUGGCUGAGGGUGCCUAGCCCAAUGGCCUGUAGCCACAUGCGCCAAACAGCUACAGGCUGUGGGGGCUCAGCUGGCUAUUUAUGGGAGACCCGGGUGCAAGAGGCCGAGAUGGGGAGGUGGGCCGGGGCACCAUUAAUGAGCACAAUAAAGCACUGCU